CAGUAUCUUUCUAUGUUCUGUUGCUUACAAUAGUUGGCAAAGAGGGGACUAUCCAACAUGAGAAGCGGGAGGCCGAUCCUGCCCCUAAUGAUUGGAAAGGGGGCGCCAGUUCUUUAGGCGACAAGACCGCUGCAAGCAACAUUAUUCAGCCUGACAACAACAACAAGAAAGGGCCUGUCCACCACAAGCGCGAGGCCAACCCUGACCGUAUGUCUUGAAUGCCAAAGACAAUCACAGUGCUGACUGCAGCUUUUUGGAGAACCCCCGGUGACUUAGGCCAGCCCGAGAACGGCAAGUCCGGUGCAAGCAACAUCAACCAGCCGGGCAACAAGAAAAGGCAUGGCAACCACAAGCGCGAGGCUGGUUAUGGUCCUGGUGGUCCAGGAGGCAGGACAUUCAUCCACAAGCGCAAUGAAAAAGUCAUCUCGCCAGAUGCACUUGGCACAGGGCGCAGCGAAGCACAUGGCCAACAGGUCGAGAAACACAGCACUCCUGAUUCGACGCUACAGAAACGUGAUGCCAGCGCACGAGCCAUGGAGGGGGCAGCGUACUGCACAAGGGUCGCAAACCAGGAAUUGUACACAAGCGCGAGGCCAGUAUUGCUCCUGGUGCUCCAGGACGCGGAUCAUUCAUCCACAAGCGCAAUGAACAAGUUAUCUCGACAGAUGCACAUGGCACAGGGCGCAGCGAAGCACAUGGCCAACAGGUCGAGCAACACAGCACUUCUGAUCCGACGCUACAGAAACGUGAUGCCAGCGCUCGAGACGCCAGCCAUGGAGGGGGCAGCGUACUGAACAUUCGACCGGGCAAGGGUGGUAAACCAGGGAUUGUGCACAAGCCCAAGGCCGGAGGUAAGAGACUGCGCUUCAGAA